CUUGGAAGCACAAAAAGUGUUUCAAGAAAGAGAAAAUAUAAAUAAUAUUAACAUUAAUAAAUAAAUAAUUAAUAACUUAUACUCGUAUACAUUCUCCUAUUUUUAAGGCAUAAUAUAGAGGUGUUUUCCGUUAAGUUCAAAAUUGUUGUGUUUCAAAAAUAUUCGACAUUCAAGAAAAAGUGAAUUGUGUGUGAUUUCGAAAUCGCUGAUGCGUGGCCAUUUAGUUGUUGCGAAAACAGUAAAGUGCCUCAAAGAAAAUGAUUAAAUCUGGUAAGCAGAAGGCUUGCAUCGAAAUGACGGGAUCAAAGUUGAAAAUAAGAACAAACACUCUGGAGCAGUCGAAUGUUAAGGGGUCAAAUUUAAAUGAAAAGAAACUAGGCUACGAUGAAACUCAACUUGGAGGAAAUAUAUUAAUCGGAAAUUAUGAUUUUUUAAAAGAAUUGGAAAUCACUAAUAAUGGCAUGGAUAUACUUGAUUUGAGCUCUUUGGCACAACUUGAGACCCUCACUUGCAAUCAUAACAAAUUGAAAGAAUUGAUAAUGAAUGGAAAAAGUUUAAAAACAGUAACGGCAAGACACAACAAUCUCGCUACAAUAAAAGUGCUAUCUGCGCCAACUCAUCUUGUAAAUAUUGACAUUUCAUACAAUGAUUUCGAAGAACUACCAGAUUGGUUGGGAGCCUGCUAUAAUUUAGAGAGUUUACAUGUCGAACACAACCGUCUCUGGACCAUUGACAACAUAUUCGCUACAGACGGAUUUCGCAAAUUGCAUACAUUCAGUUUGGCCUACAAUCAGCUAACAACCUUGAAUGUUUCAACACUAAUUUUCGGCGCCGUUGCAAAUUUAUACUUGCAAUGCAAUAAAUUGCAAAAGUUGCCAGACAACUUCUUUGCCAUCACGCAUAAAACACUGAGACUGCUGAAUGUCUCGUGUAAUAACUUGUGUACGGUCGGGGAUAAUCAAGACAUCAAAGAUAACUGGUGCUUGGAAGAGUUAUAUCUCUCGAAUAAUAAUCUGAAUGAGAAUAUAUUCUCAACUUUUGUGGGUGCGAGACAGUUACGCAUCAUACACGCAGCUUAUAAUAAUAUACGUGAACUACCUGAAAAUAUUAUACGAAAUUGGACUGAUUUAGAGGUGCUCGUCUUAUCGGGGAAUAAACUACAAAAUCUACCGGAAAAUAUUUGCGUGCUCACGAAAUUGGAAGUUUUACGUUUACAUUCGAAUCUGCUACACACAACGCCAAGUCUUACGAAAUUAGCGAAUUUGAAAGUAUUGGAUUUGGCACACAAUCAUUUGGAUCACGUAAAUCUCUUGAGUAUUAUGCCAAAGAACAUAAAAUACUUGGAUCUGUCAUGCAACCUACAAUUACAAUUCGACGAGCGACAAGUGCAGAUGUGUCAGUCUUUGAAGAAAAUGAGCUUAGUGGAUGUGAGCGGUAAAAAUCGCGCUUGCUUGCCCACAAACAAAUUGGCGGAAAUGAAAGAUAGUAAUGUCUUGCGACAACCCUGGAUGACCGGAUUUACCGAGACGAUUGGGAAAUGUCGAAAAUUAUUAGUUAAACAAAUACGUCUGUGUAAUUUCGCUGAAGAUGAAGGCCUUUUUGGUAUGCUCGAAUCGGCCACUCUGGGUGCACUCAACACGACAUUCGUUAAUUUGGUGCCACAAAUAUUAUUACACGAGCGUAGUGUCAAAGAAACAGCUAAAGAAUAUAUGAAAUAUACAUUAUUGUCGGUCUAUCAGCGCUUGGCAAGUGAGAGAGGCUGUGAAGAUAUGCAUAUUGCGCUGUGCCACAUCACCAAAGAGAGUGCAGGAUUCAAAGAUUAUAUGAGACCAAAGCGCAGUAAACGUUUCAUUUUACGCGUCGCCAGUAUUGGUAAUAUAGAAGCGCAUGUUGUACGCAAAACGUCAACAAUUUGCCUGACAGGUGACAGUUAUAAUACGACGUUGUCACAAGCCGAUAAUAUUAAGGACUCAGCAAAUGCGCUCAUCACUGAUCCCACAAUACACGAAACGUUUUUAAGCAACGACGAUGAGUUCUUAGUGAUCUGUAAUGCGAACAUUUGGCGUGUUAUGGAUAUCGAACGCGUUACACAGGAGAUACGACGUGAAGAAAAUAUAGUUUUGGCUGCCAAACGUUUACAAGAUAUUGCACAAAGCUUCGGCGCUGAUGAGAAUCUGAGCGUUAUAAUAGUACGUUUCAGAUAUAUCGGCACCGAUGUGGAUGAUCUGUUGAAAGAGCUAAAGCAAACGGUACGCAAGAAUCCCAUCACACAAAAUAUGAACUGUGAUGAUAAGCACUCGAUCGGUAGUCAACGUCUAAUUGGUCGCUGUUCACCGCGUCAAGUCUUAAUGGGCGCAAUGCUGAAAAGCGAUCGUUCCUCGCCGAGUGGCCAAAGCGAUCAAGUGCAAAAUUUUCUGAAUAAGGGUGUAAACGGCGAGGAAUACGCCUUUGCAACCGAACAUGUGCUAGAAGAGGACGAUGAUGAAUUGGAAAUUUUACACGAAACCGAUUCAGUGCUGUCAGAGGAACAAUUCAAAUGUUGGGAAUACAUGUUGGAACAAAAUACACAACUACUCUUCGACAAAGAACUAAACACAAUAUCCAAAUCGAUAACAAAAAAUCAUAAUAGUGAAUUGCCGGCGGAACUUAAUAUCACUCUAGAUAAAAGUGAAUAUAAGGAGAGUAAUUUAAUAAAAACUUUUGGCAAUCGCUUUAUAUCGCAUAGUUCGCCGCAACUGUUGUAUAGUGAAAUUAAAAAACCGCUUACAACAUUUGCACACAAACAUCAGGAGAAACGUCAGCAGCAGCGUCAACAACAGCAGCAACAACAGAAACAUCAACAGCAAGUAUCUUUCCUGUCAAAACACUUCGGCAGCUGUCGUUCAUUUCAAACGCAAUCCCGUUAUAAUCUCUUCGAAUCGAAAAGUCAAAAUUCGGUUAAUGUUGGUCUCAACUCGAAGUGGAGUGGUGGCCCCAAUGCUGCCUACUUUGGUUCAUUACAACGUCUGAUGCCAUACAAUUUGGAAUAUGAUUUCACAGUUACACAGGAUCGCACAGCGUUCAACGAAGAAGAUGACGAGUAUGAUGAACAGGAGGAUCGCAUGAAAAAAUAUUGGGGCAUAGCGACUACAGAGCUCUAGAUGUACAUAUAUUAUCUAUAUGUGUAUAUGUCCUAGGGUGUUCGUUAUUUUCCAAGUUCGCGUUUUUAUAACUUUAACUGCGCGUACCUCUUAAAAGAAUGUUUUUAUGAAAAAAAAUUUGCAGAUAUUUAGCUUGAUGCAAAACAAAUCUUUGAAAAGGGUUGCCAUAAUAAAAAGAAAAAGUUACGUCUCAUUCUUAUAUAAGUAAUAUUCGGUGCAUACUUUUCAAUUCAAUAAAACAGUUUUGACAACUGCUUAUGUCUAAUAUCACUAAUAUGGUACGAGUAUUAUCAGCUUAAACGCUCAGCUCGAAGUGUAUUCGAAUAAUUUUGAAAUUAAGUUCAUCUACUGGGCGAUGAAACAUUUUUUUAUAUCUAUAUUUUAUUGCAUAAAUGAUUAAGUAAAAGUUUUAAUGAAUCCCUAAAAAUCAAGUACCUUGAUCAUAAAAUGAUACUAUAACGAUGACCUGUUGUUACUACUUACAAAUGAACCAUGAUUAUUUUUAUUGAAAAUACAUUCAUUAAGAAAUAUAAUAAAAAUAAAAAUCAGGCACAGUUUUUGUCUUUACUACUUUAAAUAUUUCGUAACCAUUAGAAACUUAAAUAAAAUCUUAAGUUCCAUAUACUCACUAAUCAAUCAAUCUAAAUUAUUUGAUUUUAAUGUAAAAUCACAUUUGUUAGUUGUGAAAUCGAAGAAACUUAAACGCAACUUUUGUGUCCAGGAAAGAAAUAGUUUAGUUUGUUUUUAAACAGCUUGCACCCAAGAUCAAAUUUGAAUAGGACUGGUCCAUUUCAACUGGGAAAUCUUCAUAUGUGAAUUGAACUUUUUUUCUGCCCAUUUUUACUAUUGUAAAAAAAUUAACAAAGAGUUUGCUUUAAAUUUUGAGUUGUGGCCAUUUUGGUUACUGGUUUGGGUAUGAAACGCAUCAAUGCUACACUUUAUAUUACAUAUAUAAAAAGACCACCGGCACCGUCACUUCACUGCAGAGAACUGUAAACUCGUAUUUCACUUCGUAUUGGGUACAUACUAAUAAAUAGGUACACCAAAAAUCAUGUUUUGUAACCUCAGAUACUCAGCUAGGUAAUGUUAAAAUAGUUGCGGAAUAGCUUUUGAAAUUUAUUAUGUUAUGUAUUAUAAAUAAGUAUUUUAAAGGAAAUCGAAAUGUUUAUUUCCUAAUAAAAAAAUAUUAAGAAAAAUAAUAGAUAAACGGCAAAUUAAUGUGCUAAAAUUACUAUUUAUCAUACAUAAUACAUAAAUUGUAAAGUAAAAAAUACUAUUUAAAAACUUAUUUAUAAUGAUCAAAACCCAACCCACUGAUAAUUGUUGGAAACAAAAACAAUAUAAAAAUUAAAAGCUCGUAUCGUAUGUAUGAAUAAAGAAAAUAAGCUUAAGAAAAUUUUCUAUAAAUAAUCAUAAUUAUCGAGAAAAGGUAAUAAAAUUAAACAACUUUAAGUGUUUAAAUAUGUAAAAUAAAUGUAUGUACACAAAAUAUAAAAUAACACUUUUCAACCUUGUCACACUAGAAAUAUACCAUACAAUACUCAUAAUAUUUUACUUUUCAACCUUAUCACGCUAGAAAUAUACCAUACAAUACUCAUAAUAUAUAAUUUUCGGCCGAGUUCGAAAAUCACCAAAACUAUUUUCGUUUUCUAAAUAGUUUCCAAAAAUGAUUUUUUCCAAUGAAAAGAUGGUUAAUUACAAUAAUAUUUUAUUUAUGAAAAUCUGCUCACCAGUUUAAGUAAAUGAUAUAAGGCUUAUUAAAUUUCCCAUUUUCGUAUAUUAUUACGUAUUUUUUGCAAAUAAGUUAGCUUUAAUAAUUUGUUCAAAAAUUGUAUCCAUAAAUAUUUUCUACAAUAUAAGUUUAAAAAUUUACCAUUUUGCAAAUUAAAAAAAAAACAGAAUAAACUGUAAUUCCGGCUUCACUGAAGUUAUUUAGCCCUUCACAGCUGCUUUUCUUAUAGCACAAAAGGGUCUUUAUCUUGAUUUUGAUCCGUCUUUUUGUAUGACAGCUAUGUGCUAAAAUGGUCUGGUCUGAUCACUAUAUUUAGAGAUGUUAGCGUCUUCUUGAAAAAUAUAGUGGUCCGAUAUUGGCGAACCGACAAAAAAA